CUCUUGUCCAUCAUAGACCCAUGUCUCAAACUCUGCUGUUUUCAGUGUUUGUCGUGUGACUGAUGUGAAUUCAGCAGAAUGGAUCAGUGUGAGGACAGAGAGGAGGAAGCCCCGCCCCCAAACACCACCGACGGGACCCCCCCCCCCCCCAGGACCUGGACCAAGACCUGGACCCAGCUGUGUGUCCAUGAACAGUGAUGGCUCCAUGGGUGUUCCACAGACUCAAGCGGAGCAGCAGAGCUCAGAGGUUCCCAGUGGUCUACAGGAUCAGACUCAGCUGGACUCCACAUGUGAGGAAACACAGAUGGCGGCACUUAAAGAAAGUCUGUUGAAAAUUCUGAAGCAUUUGAUCCAUGAUGAGUUUAAAGAGUUCAAGUGGUUCUUGACCAUUGAAGAACUAUCCAUCCCAGUGAGUAAACUGGAGAACGCAGAACAGAUGGACACGGUGGAUCUGAUAGUCCAGACCUACUCCACAAAUACUCAGAGAGUCACUGUAAGGGUUCUGGAGAAGAUGGACAGGACUGAUCUGGUGCAGAAACUUUCAAAAGGCAUCCCAGUAUCUAAAGAGAGCAUUGACCAGUGUCGGCGAAAACUGAAGGUGAAGCUGAAGCUGAAGUUUGAGUGUGUGUUUGAGGGCAUCAUUAAAGAAGGACUCCCCAAAACCCUCCUGAACCAGAUCUACACAGAGCUCUACAUCACAGAGGGAGGGGCUACAGAGGUCAACCAGGACCAUGAGGUCAGACAGAUUGAAACAGCAUCCAGGAACCCACACAGACCACCAACAACCAUCACAUGUACAGACAUCUUUAAAGGACCACCUGACAGACAUCAGCCAAUCAGAACAGUGCUGACAAAGGGCGUGGCCGGCAUCGGGAAAACAGUCUCCACACAGAAGUUCAGUCUGGACUGGGCUGAAGACAAAGCCAACCAGGACAUCCACUUCAUAUUUCCAUUCACCUUCAGAGAGCUGAAUGUGCUGAAACAGAAGAAGUUCAGCUUGGUGGAACUGGUUCAGCACUUCUUCAAAGAAACCACAGAAGCAGGAAUCUGGAUCUUUGAAGACCUCCAGGUGGUGUUCAUCUUAGACGGUCUGGAUGAGUGUCGACCUCCUCUGGACUUCAACAACACUCAGAUCCUGACUGAUGUGACAGAGUCCAGCUCAGUGGAUGUGCUGCUGAUGAACCUCAUCAGGGGGAACCUGCUUCCCUCUGCUCGCCUCUGGAUAACCACACGACCUGCAGCAGCCAGUCAGAUCCCUGAAGAGUGUCGUGGCAUGGUGACAGAGGUCAGAGGGUUCACUGACCCACAGAAGGAGGAGUACUUCAGGAAGAGGUUCACAGAUGAAGAACAGACCAACACAAUCAUCUCCCACAUCAAGAGGUCCCGAAGCGUCCACAUCAUGUGUCACAUCCCAGUCUUCUGCUUGAUCACUGCUAGAGUUCUGGAGGACGUGUUGGAGACCACAGACAGAAGACAACUGCCCAAGACCCUGACUGAGAUGUACAUCCACUUCCUGGUGGUUCAGGCCAAACUGACGAACGUCAAGUACGAUGGAAGACCUGGGACAGAUUCACCCUGGAGUCCAAAGACCAGGAAGAUGAUUGAGUCUCUGGGAAAACUGGCCUUUGAGCAGCUGAAGAAAGGAAACCCGAUCUUCUAUGAAUCCGACCUGACAGAGUGUGGCAUCGAUAUCAGAUCAGCCUCAGUGUACUCAGGAGUGUUCACAGGGGUCUUCAAAGAGGAGAGAGGAGGGUACCAGGACCAGAGGUUCUGCUUCAUCCAUCUGAGUGUCCAGGAGUUUCUGGCUGCUCUUCAUGUCCAUCAGACCUUCAUCAACACUGGAGUCAAUCUGCUGUCAGAACAAACAUCUGUUUGGUCUAAACUAUCAAAGGUCAAACCAGUCCAGUUCUACCAGACCGCUGUGGACCAGGCCUUACAGAGUCCAAAUGGACACCUGGACCUGUUCCUGCGCUUCCUCCUGGGUCUAUCACUGCAGACCAAUCAGAGUCUCCUACAUGGUCUGAUGAAACAAACAGGAAGCAGCUCAAAGACCAACCAGAAAACUGUAGAGUACAUCAAGAAGAAGAUCAGUAAGAAUGUGUCUGCAGAGAGAAGCAUCAACCUGUUCCACUGUCUGAAUGAACUGGAGGAUGGAUCUCUGGUGGAUCAGAUCCAACAGUACCUGAGAUCAGGACGUCUGUCCACAGAACAACUGUCUCCUGCUCAGUGGUCAGCUCUGGCCUUCAUCUUACUGUCAUCAGAAAAAGACCUGGAUGUGUUUGACCUGAAGGAAUACUCUGGUUCAGAGGAGGUUCUUCUGAGGCUGCUGCCAGUGGUCAAAGCCUCCAACAAAGCUCUGUGA